AGCCGCCAUUGGCAUCAAUUUUAACUGCCAUUUUUAAAUCUCGCGAACACAAAACGCGAUCGACGCGAUCACGCGAUGUCUGGGCCGCUGUCUCGGCAGUCCUGGCAGACUCAGCAGACCAGGCAGAAGACCGACCCUGCUUGGACGUUCGGCCGGUUGCAGUCCAUCACCAUGGUGGCACGCGAAAAAAGGGAAGCACUUAUCGAAUGGAUGGGCUGCUAUGAUGUCGAAAUCAAGGCACUUAGCGACCUAAGGAGUGGCAGCCUGCUCCUGACCCUGAUCUCCACUAUAGAUCCAGCCCUGAGUCCAGAAAACGUGGACCCGUCCGAAGCUUUCUCCAAGCUUGAAGGCUUCCUCAGCAGCUUCCACGGCUGCCUCCCCGCCCACUUCCUGUCCCGGGCGGCCCACCGAGGUGAUGCCAGCCAGCUGGAGCUGGCCACGGCCUCCGUGCUGGCACUCGCGGCCCUCUUCUUCAAGGCGGCGAGCCUCAGCGGGACCAUGGAGGUGGCGCCAAUAAUGCGACUGGCUCAGGGGGUCCAGGAGCGCAUCAAAGAGAUGCUGCAGAUCGUCGCCGGCGCAGAGGACGACGUACUGACGAACCUGCAGGCGCACUUGCAGGCUUCGCCCGAUGCCGAGAGCCCGGAGAGCGUACGGGUCAAGACAAAGCGCAAGAGCAGCUGCUUCUCAUACUCGCCAUCUCCCGUGCGCCUCCCACUCAAGAGGGUGGUGGACUCUCCUAGUCGCCGCUCGGGUCCGAGUGCAGAGAGGGCAAAAGAGAUGAAAGUUCUGAGGCGGCAGUUGGAGGAAGAGCUGCAGCGGGCUGCAGACCUGGACAAGGAGAUCGCCUCCCGAGACAACACAAUCGCUCGAAAAGACCAGGAGAUCAAAGUCCUCCAACAAAGGGUCAUCUGUUUGGACAGCAAUCUUUCGGAUGCAACAUCGGAGGGUGCGGCGCUCAAGCAAGACAUUUCGAGCCUGCGCCAGAGGAACAGCUUCCUGGAGGAACAGGUGCGUGCAAUGGACACCCUCAAAGAAGCCUAUGACCAAGUCAUCAGGGAGAACAGCACACUCAAACAACAGUCCAACGACAGAGCGGACUCGGAGGCCACCAUCCUGGCACUCCAGGCCAACGUCGCGUUGGCGCUCUCCACGAAGGACGCCCUCGAAGCUCGGCUCUCCGAGGCGGAGCAGCAGAGGCACGGAUUCGCGUCCCAGCUGGCGGAGAAGGAGCAUGAGCUCGCCUCGCUGGUGGAGUACUACGCCAGUCGAGAAAGGAGGAUGCCCGCAAGCCCCGGCACGCCCCCUACUCCCAACACACCGGUUGCGAGCUGCUACGUGGAGAUGCGUGUCGUGGAACUGGAGGAGGCGAACCAGGGCCUGGAGGGGGACAGGGACCGGCUCAAGGCCGAGUUGGACUCCCUUACGACUCGGUUUAAUGCCGAAGCCAACCGUCUGCAGUCAUCUCUGGCGGAAUCUGAGCAAGCCCUUCGUUUGGCGGAGGAAUUUGGAAGGAGCUUGCGGGGCGAGGUUUCUUCCCUGGGUGCCAAGCUUCGAGUCUCCGAAGAGCAGACUCGAGCCCUGCAGGAGGCCAACGCGGACCUUCAGACGUUGGUGACGACAGGCGGGGAGCAACUUCGGGACGUGCAGUCUCGGCUCGAAGACCUGUCCCAACAGCACGCCGCCGCAGAACGAGAAGCUGUUGCCUCCCGCAAAGCAAACGAAGCACUCCGACUGCACAACGAGUCGCUACAAUCCUCCCUCGCGACGUCGGAAGGCGGUCGUACCGCAGCAGUGCAGACUGUCCUCACCCUUCAAGAACAGCUGAGGCAGGUGCUGGCAGCACGGGAGGAAGACGCAUCUUCGCUGCGUGAAAUGCGGCAGCGCUGCGAGGCACUCUCGUCUCGGAACGAAGCGGGAGAAGCAUCGCUGAAGUCCACGUGCGCGCAGCUCGCGGAUGCGCAAGCGAGGUGCGACCGUCUGGACAACGAGAAUCGAGCACUAAACGACCGAAACCGGGACUUCGAAGUUCGUAUGACCGACCUCCUGAGACUCAAGGAGGAGGCUGAAGACCGCUACCGCAGCUGCUUCCAGGAGAAAGAGGAGAAUGAGAGGCACCUGAAGGAGCAGGUUCAGACACUGUCCUCGGAAGCUCUGGAUUCUGCGAACUUGGUCAAGGAGUUGCAGGCCGAGGUCUCGAGGCUCUCCCAAGAGGUCGACAGGCUGCUGCGUGAAGUGGAGAGGCUCACGGCGGAGGUUGAGGAUGCCAGGAAGACGGCGAGCGACAGUCUCGUGCAGGAAAGAGAGCUGCGAGAGCACCUGCGUGUCAACGGUGACCACUGCGAGGUCCUCUUAGCACAGUGCAAGCUACUCGACGAGCAGAAGGAACAACUUGGAGUCGAGUUAAAGACCCGAAUGGACAGCCUAGAGGCCGAAGCCCAUCAGCUCAAGGUAUCCCUAGCAGAGUCCGAGCAAGCUGCAUGCUCCCUGGACAAACUCUGUUCAAGCUAUCGAGACGAGAUUGCUUCCCUCAAGAAGGAGCUUCAGACUUCCGCAGAACAGAGAACUUUUCUACUCAAGGCGAACGCGGAGCUUGAGACUUUCGCGUUGACGGAGACCCACAAACUCCACGACACGCAAUGCGAGCUUGAAAGCGUGUCCCAGCAGCAUGUGGCCAUCGACACGGAAGCUUGUUCAUUGCGUAAAGCCGUGGAAACUCUUGAGCUUCAGAACCAGUCUCUUCAGUCGUCCCUGGAAACGUUGGAAGCCAGCUCUAUCGAAGCAAUGCUGACCAUCCGCACUCUUCGGGAGGAGCUGCAGCAGGCGCGGUCGGCCCAGGAGGAAGACUCGUCUCUGCUGCUGAAACUGCAGCAGGACUGCGAAACCCUCCGAUCCCAGAAUGAGGCAGGAAACGCGUCGCUGAAUUUGACGUGCACGCAACUCGCGGAAGCUCGGCUCAGGUGUGACAAUCUGGAGAACCAGAACAGACAACUGGAAGAAAGGAUCGCAGACCUCGAAGCGCGGAUCGAGGACCUGUUGCACCUCAAGGAGCAAGCCGAAGAAGACUACCAGAAGGGCAUCGGGGAGACAGAGAAGGGCAAGGACGUCCUCCAGGCCCAGGUGGACGCACUCUCCUUGGAAGCCCGAGACUCUGCGGACUCUGCCGAGAGGGCACGGGCCGAAGUUGCGAGGCUCUGCGAGGAGAACGGCAGACUGGCGCUCCGGGUGGAGAGGCUCGGGGCAGACGUGGAGGGGGUCUCGAAGAGGGCGAGCGAGGACCUCGAGCGGAUGAAGAGGGAGCUUCAGGAACGUUCUGAGCAGUACGGUGCCCGCUGCGAGGCCGCCACGGCACGAUGUCGGCUGCUCGAGAAGGAAAAGGAGGCACUGAGGGCGGACCUGACGGCCAAGCUGGACUCCCUUACAGCUCAGUUCAAUGCCGAAGCCAGUCAUUUGAGGACAUCCCUCACAGAGUCCGAGCGAGCCGUUCUCUCUAUGAAGGAACUCCAGGCGAGGUCCCAAGACGAGGCGUCUUCCCUCAGAAGGAAACUUCAGACAUCCGAAGAAGAAAGAGACGCGUUGCACAAGGCCAACGCCGACCUCCGAGCGUUUGCAACGACUGGAUCGCAACAACUCCAGGACAUGCGCCUCCAGCUCGACGCCGUAUCCCAGCAGCGCAAUUCGAUUGGGCAAGAAGUUCACUCUUUGCAAAAGGCUGGCGAGGCGCUUCAGCUGCAGAACCAGCUCCUUCGGUCCUCUCUCGAGACGUCUGAAGCCGGGAAAGCUGCCGCCGAAGCCAGCUGCAUGGAGGCGACUCGGUCCAUCCACACCCUUCGGGAGAAGCUUCAGAAAGCACUGUCGGCCAGAAAGGACGCAGAGUCUUCUCUGCAGAUGGUGCAGCGGGAAUGCUUGGACCUUCGAACCCAAAACGAGUCGGGAGGCGCGUCGCUCAAGUCGAGUCAAGCGGAGCUCGCGGAAGCGCUGACGAGGUGCAGUCGCCUGGACGACGAGAACCAGGCUUUGAGGGACCUGGUUGGAGACCUCGAGGUGCAGCUGAAGAACCUAGAACACCUCAAGAAGCGGGCCGAGGACGACUACUACAAGUGCGUCGAGGAGAAGGAGAGGCACAAAGACUCGCUGAAGGAGCGCAUCGAGGCGCUCGCCUCCGAAGCCCGAGACUCGGCGAGCACAGUCCGGGAGUCUCAGUCUGAGGCCUUGAAGCUUCGCGAGGAGAAUGGCCGCCUGGUGCUGGAAGUGGAGAGGCUGAAGACGGAGGCGGAGGAAGCGGCGAAGAGGGCAGGUGAUGAUUCGGAGCGGAGGGAGAAGGAACUGCUGCAGGAGUCGAGGCUGCACGUUGCUCGCUGCGAGGCCGCCACGGCACGGUGCGAGCUGCUGGAGAAGGAGAACGAACGGCUCGAGGCAGACCUGAAGGCUGCCAAAGAGAGCUACGGCCGGAAGCUUCAGGCCGCCUUCUCAGAGAUGACAACAGAGUCCAACAAGAGGAUCUCGGCCUUUAAGAAGAGGGAAGUUACGCUCAGGGAAGAGAUUGAAGCCCUCAAGAAGAAAUGCGAGGAUGAGAAGGCUUCCCACGAAAAACGGGAAAGGCUCUUCCACAAGCACGUCAACGAGAUGGAGAGCAGGGUGACCCAGACCAACGAGGACAUCGAGACUCUCAAGGCGCAGCUGUCCGAGAACGACGGAAAGCUGGCCACUGCGACGUCCGAAAGAGACCGCUUGGCCAUGGAGAACCGCAGCCUGAAGGCACAGCUCAAUUACUGCGAGCUGAAGAUGAAGGAGCAGAGAGUCAAAGGCAGUGCCAACUCGCUGUCCGCCAGCAACGAGAGCCUCUGGUCGCAGAAGACUUCUUCGGGCUCCUUGGCCAGCCUUAGGUCAAACAGCAGCCUGGUUUCGGACCAGUUCAAAGUGCCACUUCACAGGCCGUCGAGCCGGCGGGACAGUACUUUGAGGGCCUCCAGUACAUCAUUUUCUCAGCCUGCAGCUCUGGACACCACCAUUUUCUCGGAGAGCCGCUACUCGUGCGACGAAGAGCAGGACAUGUUCACGCACACAAACCUGACGGACCUCAGCCGCAGACUGGAGGAGGACCCCAUGGGGCGCUACAGCGAGCUGUACCGGCGCAACUCUAUGCUGCAGCCCCACCUCAAGUCGUCUUACCCCGUGGAGACACAAACGUCCAAGAUCCCGGCCACGCCGCUCAAGGGCACUUCCUCCCAUGUGUUCUCGUUUGCUGAAGCGUCGACUUCAAAACAGGACGAGGCGUCCAAGCGGAAGCGUUCGGCGCGCUCAGACAGCAGUGGAAGCGGAGGUGCCACGAGCGGCGCCACGAGCGACGUUGUCACCGCCUCGACACCGCGGGCUUCCAAGAGUGGCACAUCGAGGACUGGCAGGGUGACCCCUUCAAGCGUGAAGAAGUUCAUCAAAAAGACUUUUAAGAAAUCUUAAGAACAUGAUAUGCAUCCUGCUUGUUUUUAACCUUUUAAAUAUUUAAAUCUUUUUAUCGUAUAUAGUUUGGCAAUAAAUAUGCCUGCCUUAUUGCCUGCA